UUCUUUUCCGGUUUGAUUCUCAAACGUGUAAGUCGCGAGUUUUGUGUUUGGAGGGAUUUAUUUACGUUAAAAACUAAUAAGGGUUGGCCCACAAUGAGGACUAUCAACUCCAACCAAACGGUCACUAUCCCGAAGGGUGUUUCGGCCAAGGUCCAUGCCCGCGUCGUGACGGUAUUUGGACCACGCGGAAAGCUCAGCAAAAGCUUUCGCCAUUUGUCCAUGGACGUCUAUAAGGUGUCCAAGAAGAAGCUGAUGGUUGAGAAGUGGUUUGGAUCCAAAAAGGAAAUCGCCGCCGUGCGUACCGUAUGCUCGCACAUUGAAAAUAUGAUCAAGGGAGUGACAAAAGGAUUCCAGUAUAAGAUGCGUGCUGUACAUGCCCAUUUCCCCAUCAACUGUGUGAUUAGCGAAAAUAAUUCCCUGGUAGAAAUCCGUAAUUUCCUGGGCGAAAAACACAUCCGCCGCGUCAAGAUGCAGGCCGGAGUUACUGUUGUAAACUCGCAGAAACAAAAGGACGAGUUGAUCUUGGAAGGUAACGACAUUGAAGCCGUUUCCUUGUCCGCCGCUCUGAUCCAGCAGUCGACCACCGUCCGAAACAAGGAUAUUCGUAAGUUCUUGGACGGUCUGUACGUGUCGGAAAAGACGACCGUGGUGCAGGAAGAGGAAUAAGCUGGUGUAUGAUUUUUUACCUUGUAAAAUGCAAAAGGAGAAAUGAAAGAAGCGUUGCGAAAAUGGAA